AUGCAAGAAGGUGGGUUUAUCCGGAGAACAAGAAGUGGGCGUAGCAGAGCAGCUAAGGCCAAGGUUAACUACGUAGAAAUCAACGAUUUUGAGAACGAAGAAGAUGACGCUACUUUGAAAUUAGAGAAAACACCGGACAAGCAUCUCAACAUAAGUGACGAUUACAAUGACGAUGAGGACUAUCUUGAAGAUGACACGGAUGUGGCUCCUGUAAAAGAGGAGGAAGAAAAGGAAUUAGUGGGUGUCAAAAAUGAGGUUGAUGAAUUACAAAUCACAGAGGUUGGUGAAAGUGAUGACGACGAAGCUUUGUCGAAAAAGAGGAAGGCCCCAGCGAAAAGGGCAAAAUCGACAAAGAAGAGAAAAGCACCCAAGAUCACACCGUAUGAAAGAAACACUCAGAGACUGUUCGAAAAUCAUCCGGAGUUAAAGGACGUCUUCCCUGAUUUGCAAAAUUCACCAGCCUAUACUCCGAUUAGAUCGAACCAACCAGAAGGUAUGAGUAUUAAACUAUUACCCUUCCAGUUGGAAGGUUUACACUGGCUCUUGGAACAAGAAGCGGGUAAAUACGCUGGCGGUGUCCUGGCAGAUGAAAUGGGUAUGGGUAAGACCAUACAGACAAUUGCACUUUUGAUGGCGGAUGUGACCAAGAGACCAUCAUUGGUCAUUGCACCCACAGUAGCGCUAAUACAGUGGAAAAACGAAAUCGAUCAGCACACGAACGGUAAGUUGAAAGUGUACGUCUAUCACGGCGCCACAAGGACUAAUAAGAUUGCGGACAUUUCGGAAUUCGACGUUAUCCUAACAACAUACUCGGUUAUUGAAUCGGUAUACAGGAAACAAAAUUAUGGGUUUAGAAGAAAGUCUGGCUUGGUCAAAGAAAAAUCUGUGUUGCAUAAUAUCAAUUUCUACAGAGUGAUCCUUGAUGAGGCACACAAUAUCAAGGACAGACAAAGUAACACCGCAAGGGCUGUCAACGUGAUCAAGACAGAGAAAAGAUGGUGUCUCAGUGGUACCCCACUGCAAAACCGAAUUGGUGAAAUGUACUCACUGAUUAGGUUUCUGAACAUAGAACCAUUUUCCCAAUAUUUCUGCACAAAGUGCGAUUGUGCCUCAAAGGAAUGGAAAUUUUCUGAUAAUAUGCAUUGCGACCGUUGUAACCAUGUUAUCAUGCAGCACACCAAUUUCUUCAAUCAUUUUAUGUUGAAAAACAUUCAAAAAUUUGGUGUUGAGGGGCCAGGAUUGGAAUCGUUCAUGAACAUCCAAACACUUCUUAAAAAUAUAAUGUUACGAAGGACUAAAGUGGAACGUGCCGACGAUUUGGGGUUGCCUCCAAGGAUUGUUACCGUUAGACGUGACUGUUUCAACGAAGAAGAAAAGGAUCUGUACAGAAGCUUGUACAGUGACGUUAAGAGGAAGUACAAUUCCUACGUAGAGGAAGGUAUUGUGUUGAACAACUAUGCGAACAUUUUCUCGCUGAUCACAAGAAUGAGACAGCUGGCUGAUCAUCCGGAUCUUGUUUUGAAACGUUUCAGGAAAAGUGACCCUAGUGUCUCUGAUGUUAUAAUAUGUGAAUUAUGUGAUGAUGAAGCAGAGGAACCAAUAGAAUCGCAUUGUCAUCACAGAUUUUGCAGACUCUGCAUAAAGGAGUACGUUGAGUCGUUCAUGGACAAAAACGCGCAAAAAUUGACUUGUCCCGUCUGUCACAUUGGGUUGAGUAUUGAUCUCUCCCAACCGGCACUGGAGGUAGAUAUGGCGGCCUUUAAAAAACAAAGCAUUAUCAGUAGACUAAACCUUCAGGACACAUGGAAAUCUUCAACGAAAAUUGAGGCGUUGGUUGAGGAGUUAUACAAGCUAAGAUCGAAGGAAAAAACUAUCAAGUCAAUUGUCUUUUCACAGUUUACCAGUAUGCUAGACCUUGUUGAGUGGAGAUUGAGGAGAGCAGGGUUUAAGACUGUCAAACUACAAGGUAGCAUGUCCCCAACUCAGAGAGAUCAAACUAUCAAAUAUUUUAUGAACAACAUUCGUUGCGAGGUCUUCCUGGUCAGUUUAAAAGCAGGUGGUGUGGCAUUGAAUCUGUGUGAGGCUUCUCAAGUGUUCAUUUUAGACCCUUGGUGGAAUCCUAGUGUGGAGUGGCAGAGUGGUGACAGAGUACAUAGAAUUGGUCAGUUUAGACCUGUCAAGAUUACCAGAUUUUGCAUCGAAGACAGUAUAGAAUCGAGAAUCAUCGAGCUACAGGAAAAGAAAGCAAAUAUGAUUCACGCCACAAUCAACCAAGAUGAGGCAGCCAUCAGCAGGUUGACACCCGACGAUUUGCAAUUUUUAUUCAACAAUUGA